AUGGCCAACGUCUCUCAUGGCCGCGGAGGCGCCGCCAACAUCGGGCCUGACGCCCAAACCUACGUCGACGGAGAAAUUGUUCGCGAGGGACCCGUCGGCGACCAAGGUGACGGGCCAUACUCGGCAGGUCGCGGUGGCGCAGGAAACAUCGAGCAUGAUGGGAAGCCAACCUCGGCGGCGCCGCACGAUACAGAUGUAGUUCCUGAGACUGCCACUCGAAUUGCGAAAUUAGAGUCUCACCAUGUUGGACGAGGGGGAGCAGGAAAUGAAGCCCAUAUCCACGAGAAGAAGAAUGAUAGCUUGCUGGAUAAGAUCAAGGGAUUCUUUGGAUCUCCUUCGGCUAAGAAGUAA